AUCUUAUCUUGUUUGUAAAAGUUCAUAAACUUGUCACAUAUUUGUAAUGGAACUUCUUGUACUAAUCUCGAUUCUGGUUAUUUCCGGUACUCGUAGUGAGACUGUAGAACAAGCUGAAACAUGUGACGAUGUAGAUAAAACUUUAUGCGAUGAAAUAUUUGCUAGGAAACCUGACAUGUGUACAGAGUCUUGUAUCACCAAACUAUGUAAACGUUCGUGUGGAUUAUGUCCACUACGAUGCUACACCUGUCAUGAGGUAUCUGAUGUCACUAAUUGUACCGCAGAGUCUGCCUGUACUAAUACUGAAGAGUUGUGCUUUACCGUGCAGACGUUCACUGACAACUUUGAAGAAGCUUACAAAUUGGGGUGUGCUAAAAAAUCGUUAUGUGAUAGCAUGUCUAGUAAGAGAAAAGUGAAUGUUGAUGCUGGAUGUUGUAAUUCCGAGUUAUGUAAUAAUAAGCCUCCCAUACUACUCAAUAUUACAGACUCUCAAACAUUAUUAACACAUAAUACAACGAUGAACGAUACCAGCAUGUGCGAUGACAUAGACAGUGACAUAUGUCAGAAAAUGAUGAAGAUGGAUCCAAACAUGUGUAGUGAUGACUGUAUUGCUACAAAGCUAUGUCCACAUAUGUGUGGUAGAUGUUUUCAAUGCCUGUAUUGUGAUGAGAUAGACAAUCCCAAAAACUGCAACAUGACUACUACAUGUGCAAAUGAAAAGGUUUGUUUAAUUCUAUGUCCUGAUUUGAUAUAA